GAUAUCCAGAUGGUUUUCAGAUAUGGGACAUAACGAACCUAGAUGAUGUUCACGAACUAACUUCAAUUAGAGAUGAUGAAAAUUUUGGAGAAGUCUCCUAUUUAAAAGUAAUACCAAAUCCACGAAACAUAUCCAAAGAUCCCAAAGAUUCUUCAUAUGAAAAUUCUUUUCCGCUUGUUGCUUUAAUAUGCAAACAAGCUAAAUCGAUACCUCAAGAGAAUAAUGAAUUUCCAGACGCGCUUGCUAGACCAAGAAGUGUAUUGAAAUUUGUUUCACUUAAAUCACAUGAGGUAGUGAAGGAGAUGAGUUUUGAGAAUGAGGGAACAGUGACGAGCAUUAAAUGUAAUGAACGGGCAAUAGUGGUGGCUCUUUCAAAUCCUUCACGACUUCAUGUUCUUAAUACUUUGACGCUGGAAAAUUUACUACCAACCCCAUUGACUGACGUUGCAUCACAUCCUAUCACGCGUGCACCUAUUUUUUCGCUAGGACCACGAUUGCUAGCAUAUGCAACCACGUCGCAGCCCUCAGAACGUAGUGGAAAAAGUGAUGGGGAUUAUUUAUUGGGUGAAGCGGAUGAAAAGAAUGGCGGAACUGGAAGAUAUCAAGAGGUUGCUAAGGAUGUCGCAAAAGGUGUCGCAAAAGAAGUUGUGAACGGUGUCAAGUUGUUAGGUGACUAUGGAUACCAAACCAUUUCGGCCUAUUUCUCGAAUGGUUUUAAUCCUCAAAAUCCCUCAGCUAGCUCAUCUUUUUCCACAUCCAAUCCAAUAAACAUAAAAAGUGGAGCGAAUUCUCGAAGUCCAUAUACGCCCCAACAUAGUCCAAAUCAUCAUCUUUAUUAUAAUCCAAAGGGUAGUGUUGGUAGUGCUAGCGGCGAUACCAAUGGCUUAAGCAAUGGAAUUGGAAAUGUUGACGAAGUCAUUGGAGCAAUAAUGAUUCGUGAUAUUGGAACUCAAAACACAAAACCUGGAACUCAAAAACUACCUCCGGUUGUUGCACAUUUCCAGCCUCAUACGCAUCCUGUCGGAUAUCUUUCUUUCAAUCCGUCAGGGACACUUCUAUUUUCGACGUCUGUCCAAGGGCACAAGUUUCACAUAUUUGAGAUUCUUGGUAAACGACGUCGAGGAGGUGGUCAAAAGACCAUAAAACAUAUUUAUCGAUUGGCGCGAGGGCUUACAGAUGCUAGUGUGGGUGAAGGAUCUGUUGGCUGGAGCGUUGACUCUAGAUGGUGUGCAGUAGCUAGUGGCCGUGGGACAAUCCAUGUAUUUGCUAUCAAUCCUUAUGGUGGCCCAGCAGAUGUUCCCUCGCAUAUAAAAGGAUGUGUCAUUAAUUCUGAAGAACCGUAUGUGUCAAGCACUCAAUCACCAGUUGUUAGAAUCAAGCCACGAAAUCCUCUUCCAUUGGACCCAACUGAUCCCGCAAAUUUCCCUUCGCAAUCAUCAAAUCAGUUAUUUCCCAACCUAUUCGCAAAUGCUGCUAAUGAUUAUUCCGUGUUUCAAUUUGAAUCGAAUUCUUCCUCUGCUGCAGCAAGUCCAAUGCGACGUCCAAGUUCAUUACAUCCCAAUGGAUCUUCUACGAGCUUAUACAUUCAUAAUCAACAAAUCCCUUAUAACGGGGCAUUGAUUACCACAAAUAAUAAUAUCCCCAUAUCAGGUUUGUUGCGUAAACCCCCCGGUAUUUGCCUGAAAUUUUUACCGUCUCUUUCGGUCGAUCCGAAAUCUGGGGCAAACUUUAUUGGCAACCUACAAAUCAAUUCACAACGUAAUGCCAAGCGGCGAUCAUCUCCCGCUACAAGUAAUAGCAUGACACCUAAUAAUCCAUUAUCGGGCCAUUCGGCAAGACGUGAGCGACGAAGAACAAAAUCAUGGACACAAAAUUCUAAUCCCGCAACUGCUCUUAGUUAUUCGAACUUUGAGGAAGAAGAUGAAGAUGGUAAAUUCGAUAAUAUAGGUUAUCAGGAUAUACUAAGCUUUCAUCCGACCGGUAUUUUGACAUUGCAUCGAGUUUGGAUGGAAGGAGUGUUGAUUGGAGGUGAUAACGAGUCAUUUGGUAAAGAAGAAGGAAUAACGGGAAGUGCUGCAGCUGUUGCAAAUAUGGGGCGAGUGUUAGUUGGUGGUGCUGCUGGUGUUGUUGGAAUGGGUAUGGAAUUUGCUGGGGUGGGAAGAAAAGAUGCAGUCAGACCAGGAGAACCUACACUAGGUUUACUAGUCGAAUAUGAAGAUUUGCUUGAAUGGAAUUUAUUCCGUGGACAAAAUUGGGCUGAGGUUAAAUCACCAAAUCUAUCUAAAGAUCAGGAAAUCACGGUGAAAAAAGAUAAUAGCAAAAAAUGGCUAGCACAUGCCGAAAUAGCCACUCAUACAACCUCACGGACAUCUCUUCCCCCACCUUUAUGGCUUUCCCAUCAGUUCAGUUUCCACACAUAUAUUAUCGGCUCUAAAGAGUCGACGGAAAAAGGCAUAGUCCCUGAGACCAAGAAACUAGAGAUCAAACGAAAAAUAAUUAUUGAAGAAGAUGACGAGUGCAAGAAUGGUUGGGUUAAGAAUGGGAAAGUUGCGACUUUUGUUGAAGAUGGACGAAUUGUGAGAGGAUUAGAGGAUAUUUCUGAGCAUAUAUCAAGUGCAAUGAAUACCGAUCUCGAAGUAAAAUCAAACGAGUUGCUGGAAACCAUCAUUCCCAUACCACUCUCUUUUGAAAACGCAUACCAUGUUCCGGAUGUUCCAACACUAGAUAUCACAACAACUGCUGCUUCAUCACAACCACCACCAUCCCAUCUACAAGCAACAACCAUGCACAUUCCGAUUCCACCGCUUCUUCACCUUUUGACCUUCAACCGACUUUCUCCCGUUCAAGUUCUUCAUGUACGAUUAGAACUACGACAUCGACAACUGCAUUCAGUGAUUAUAUAG